AUGAAUCUGUGAAGACUACUGGUGAAGACAGCCUAUAUGUAAGGCGACUGAUGCGCUUGCGCACAAAAGUGCAAGCAUUGUCGAAAAUGUCAAUACUUGUGAAGAAAAAGAAUUUCAAAAAUAUGUGAUGUGGUAAAAAAAAAGAGUGAAGAAAGUUUCGUGUUAAAGUUGGCCCCUAAUAAAAACACUAAUAAGUCGGCACGCUGUCACCGCAAAAUGAAAAAGUCAAAUAAACAUCGAUCGGGCGUGAGUAACAUUUCCUCGGUUUGUUUGGCCGAAGGAAAAAGUGACGUUGCUGACAUACAAGAGCAACUAACAACUUCUUAUACGAAGGAACAAGAUAUCCCUGAAUAUUUGGAGGGCUGUGGUUUGAACACAUGCUCGGCGGGUGACACGCCAGAUACUAUCGAGCCAUUGUCCCGAGAUACCAAGGAACAUUCUAAGGAGAAGAAGCUUUCAACAGCCUCCAUAUCUGGUACAGAUACAAAGAAAACCGUUACAGUGAAACACCCGGAGUCGAAUAAACCAAAACCAACAGCCAAGAAAGGUAAACCCAUACAAGCCGACCUGGAUGUUUCUAAGGAGUUCAUCAGAUGCAGAGACGAGUGCGUCACUCGUUUGGAUCUCAGCAAAUCGAGCAUUACAAAUCUUCCAAACACUGUGCGUGACCUUACGCAUCUCGUCGAGUUUUAUCUCUAUGGUAAUAAAUUGGUCACUUUGCCGCCAGAGAUUGGUUGCCUUACCAAUAUCAAGACACUGGCGCUGAGUGAGAACUCGCUUACAAGCUUACCAGACACAUUGGCGAAUCUAAAGUCUCUUAAAGUUCUGGAUUUGAGGCAUAACAAGCUCAGUGAAAUACCGGACGUUGUGUACGAGUUGACGUCAUUGACUACCUUAUUUUUGCGAUUUAAUCGUGUCAGGUUUGUCAGUGAGAGCAUCAGGAACCUGACCAAUUUAACGAUGCUAAGUUUGCGAGAGAACAAAAUCAGGGAACUCCCAGCUGGUAUUGGUAAAUUAGUUCAUUUGAUCACCUUUGACGUAUCGCACAAUCACUUGGAGCAUUUACCUGAAGAAAUAGGUAAUUGCGUUCAGUUGUCUACAUUGGAUUUGCAGCACAAUGAACUACUUGACAUACCAGAAACCAUUGGGAAUCUUACCGCUGUUACCAGACUCGGGUUGAGGUACAACAGAUUGUCUAGCAUACCAAAGUCACUUGCCAACUGCAAACUGAUGGACGAAUUCAGCGUCGAAGGUAACCAAGUAUCACAACUGCCCGAAGGCCUGCUGUCAAGCCUGUCAGACUUGACUACGAUCACGCUGUCUCGGAAUGCGUUCACUGCUUAUCCUUCUGGAGGUCCGUCCCAGUUCACAAACGUUCAUUCGAUCAACUUGGAGCACAAUCAGAUCGACAAAAUACCGUACGGUAUUUUUUCCAGGGCUAAGAAUCUUACCAAACUGAACAUGAAGGAAAAUCAGUUGACUGCUCUGCCCUUGGAUAUUGGUACUUGGACUAAUAUGGUCGAGUUGAACCUGGGGACAAAUCAACUUACAAAAAUUCCUGACGACAUCCAGUGUUUGCAGAGCUUGGAAAUUCUUAUCCUGUCGAAUAAUUUGCUGAAGCGAAUUCCUGCGAGUAUAGCCAACCUACGGAAACUUCGUAUACUGGAUCUUGAGGAGAAUAAAAUAGAAUCUCUUCCUAAUGAAAUUGGGUUUCUUCGAGAUCUUCAGAAAUUAAUAUUACAGUCUAAUCAGGUAACUUGCUUGCCUAGAGCUAUCGGACAUCUAACUAAUCUGACUCAUUUGAGUGUAGGGGAAAAUAAUUUAAAUUACCUUCCGGAAGAAAUUGGAACCUUGGAGAAUUUGGAUUCCUUGUAUGUUAAUGACAAUGCCAAUUUACAUAAUUUACCAUUCGAACUGGCGCUGUGCACAAACCUCAGUAUUAUGUCAAUUGAGAAUUGUCCACUUUCACAAAUUCCAGCCGAAAUUGUUGCCGGAGGUCCGUCGCUAGUUAUACAAUUUCUAAAAAUGCAAGGACCAUACAGAUCAAUGUAACAAGACUUAGGUAUGCAUAUUGAUGAUUGUGUUAUCUGAUGUAUCACAUAUUGUUCCAAUGGGUGAAAUUAAUUUUUUCCAUCACGGAAAAAGUUACUUUGUAUGAAUUUGUAUUGAUUGUCCUACGUAACGUGCCGAUUAAAUUGGACAAUUACUUUGUAAAUUAUUUUCUAUCACCAGCUACAAUAUAAAUCUGUGGAUAUAAAGAUAUUUUAUUAUUUACUUCUAACUAUGAUGUAACGACACGCUUGCAGCAUUGUUCACUUCCUGUAACUUGUGAUUUCUUUUUCUCGUAAAAUCAUAAUUUAUUCACAUUUUCUAAAGGUAUCUACUGACUAAAGCUAGGGAAAGUUAGGAAAAUUAAACAUGGUUAAAAAUUGUGCAGGUUUUUCAAAAGAAAGACUAAACACUUCUAUAUGCAAUGGUGUAUUAUAAUUAUUUUUCCAGAUCAUAUUUUGCAACAGUUGCUAAUGGAAAGUCUGUAAAUUUCACAUCAAUUUAUUUUUGGCGGUUCAGGCGGACUUUAAUUUAUCCCAUAAAAAAGGUGAAGGUCGAUAAGAAAUUAUCAUAUCCAAGUUAGUAAUGUUAUUGUAACGGUUCAUGCUGAGUAAAAACCGUUAUUUCACGAUUUUGAAAUAGUGUGAAACUCAGUAAACCGUAAUAAAACAAAACAUACUAUAUUUCGAAAUCUUACUUCCUCCAAAAUCGUUAUAAUAUUCAAAAAAUAGUGACCUUUGCCCCAAUGUUUCGUUGCGAUAACUUUACUAACUUCGACCUCGUCAGAAAUUCACGUAAACAUAUUGAUAUAAAACUUGCUUACGCCAAAGAUUUGACGAAAUUUCGCUACAAAUAUUUCUUGAAAAUUCGUACAUAGUUUUACGUAAAAGAAUUGAUGUACAAAUAAAUCUGUACGGCUUUUUGAAUCUGUUUGAAAACACUUGCCGCCAUAAAAAUGUACAUACAUCUAAGGUAUAUAUGUGGAUUUUCCAAAAUGUGCCAAUGUUAUCAUUGCUAAACUUCAUCAACUUUCUAUAUUGUAACGAUCAAGCUAUAAUAAGAAACAAAAAAAUCUUAGGAAGAAUUCAGCAAAAAUGUAUGUAUGAAAAUACCAAUGAAGUAGCCAAAAAUCGAAAUAAUUUAAGAUCAGUUUUUCCACUUUUGGAAAAAUGAACAAUGACAAAUGAGAGGGUACAAAUCAAACAAACAGUAGCCAUUUCAGACAUUGCAUGCAUGUUCCUGAAAUUUGGAUUAAUCGAGUUUGAUCGAAAACUCAAGUGCCCCUAAUUUUGAUAUAGUUAAAAAAAAUUUGGGACUAUUUUGGACCUAUGUUAUAGAUUUACAUUGCAACUUUAUAUUGCCGAUUUAAAUUCUUGACCAAGCUAAAAUAAUCAAUUGAAACUUUACGUACUAUUCUCAUGCACGGCUGUUUCCCUAUUUUCAAAUGUCAAUGCCUUACCUUGAAAGACAAUAAAUAGAACAUUCAUAUGAAUGAAAACUGUCGUUUUAUUAUUAUCUGCAUACUAAGCACAAACAAAACAAAAAAAAAAAAAAACGCUGAAAGGCCCAAUACAGAAUAGAGACGACAUCCUUUUCCGCGAAUACAAUAGCAAAUGUGUUUCAUUGUAAGGCGAGUAUUCAAAUCAGUCAUAUUCUGUAGCACAAUCUUUCAAUUGUCAAGGCGAACUGGCCAAAUUUAAUUUUUUGUUAUUUUACAAACAGGUCGUGUAAUUAGAAAUUCUUGAACUGUUGUCCACGAUUUACAAUAUUGUAAAAGGAAGUUAGGUCAGGUUAUUGGGGCUGCUGUUAAUGACUUAUUAAUAAAGGUACGUUACGUAGGAUUCCCCAUUUUCUCUGUAUACAAACACGUGGUUGCGCACGAGAAUAGUCUAAUUCUUCAAUCCGUGACUAUCCAGUCAGAUUUGACUCCCUCAGUUAUUAAUUUUCCUUAUACUCAAGUUGUUUGUCUUGUAAAUCGAUUUUUCAUAUAAUUAUAAAAUCGCAAUACCUAUCUAUUUAUUGCGCAAAAUGCUAUUAUCGAAUGAUUUCUACAAUUAAUUUCAGUUAUUAUGCGUGGGGCAUUUUUUGUGAAAUCAGACAAGACUUUGAGGUUUGUUGUUGUUGUUGCUGUUGUUGUUGUUGUUGUUGUUGUUGAUGUUGAUCUUCUUCUUCUUCUUCUUCUUCUUCUUCUUAUUAUUAUUAUUAUUUUUCACUUUACUUUACUGCUAUUUUGCCUUUCAAAAGGAGCAUUCAUGAUGUAUUCGAAUUUUUUGCCUUACUUUCUUAUACAGUGAUUCAUUUUCAUAAAUUCACCUUUUUCAACUGUUCAAACGAAUAUAACUCGAAAACGAAGGGAUAUUGCAGAAAGUCAAGAUAUUCUUUUUUUCGUCUUGACCAUUAGUUGACACAUUUCCCCAGUAUAAGACAGCUGGCAUACGUGGGACGCCCAACCACUAAAAUUCAUAUCGCGACUAAACUAUUGGUUAUUUUUAAUUGCAAAAAUGAUCAGAGUGUCCUUAAACUAUUUUUCAAAAGAUAAUACAGGUUAUUUUGGAGAAAAGAAUUCAAAACUCCAAAGAAAUAGAAACAAAUUUGGUUUUAAUAUUUUUGAAAUAUUUUUUUGUCCAUUUUCAUUGAUUUAAAACAAGUAUGAGCAAGAGUGGGGCGUUUAGUAUCCCGCCGUGCCAGCUAAGGAUUAAUCAUAAAUUCAUAAAAAAUAUGAAAAAUUAAAUAGUAUAUUUCCUCAAAAUUACCAACUUUUUCCAAUUAUGUACGAAAAAAUUGUUUCACCACGAUGGUCUCGUUUUAUUUUUUUGCGAAAAACAACCUGAAAAGUAUUUGGUUUUUCGUGAAUUUUAAGCCACGUAUCAUUAUGAGUCGAAUAAUGGUCGUUACACAUUCAUUAUUUGUUUAAAUUUGAAUUUAAUCGAUUCUACGAAAAGUUUAAAAGUGGUGUCCAAUUUUUGUUUGCCAAAAUGAUUUUUUUUUCUAAUAUAAAAAAUUUGGAACUGCAACCAAUUACAUCCAAACCUUCAGUGACGUUUGAGGUUUUCAAAAAAACUAUUGACAAUGUUUUUUUUGGACACCACAAAUAUAAAUCAACAUGCAAUAAAGAUUUGGAAAUGACUGAUUGCACAGUUAAAUUUUUUUUUAAUCGAAAAAAAUUUCCUUAAACUCUGUAAUAUUUGUAUUUAAGUAAGUAAUAAAAUGAAAACAAAUGAUCGGCCCAUAAUAACGUUUGUCUUGAAAUUCGAGAAAAACACACAUUUUCAGGAUAUUUUUCGCCAAAAAAUGAAAACAGAGCAUCAUGAUAAAAAACGAUUUUUUUUGUUUAUAAUUCAAAAUUUGAUGAUUUUGAGGAGAUAUUACUUAUUCAUAUGUUUUUUUUUUGAAUCUAUGGUUGAAGACUGCUUUAAAUUUCUUCGUUUUCGAGUUGCAUUCAUUUGAAAACUUGCAGCAAGUCGUCUUUUGAAAGUUUGCAAUUGAAGAAUAAACUGAGAUGAAAAUUUCGCAAAAUCACAAGUAUUCUUUUCGAUGGGAAGAAUGGAAUAAACCAAAUAAAACAAGUCAAAAAAUUUGAUCACAAAAUCUUGUUUGAUUUCACCAUAAAUUCUUCAUGCAUUAUAUUUAUAGAUAUAGGUAAAUAUGUAGAUGUAUAUAUGUUAUCUAUAAUAUGAAAUAUAAAUAUGAAAUUGUAUAUUACUAUUCUUGACCGAUACACCAUGAGUACACAUCUCGUUCGUAUUUUAUAUGUCGUAUAAAUAUGUUGAUAUUUUUUUUAUUAUUUCCUGACUUGUCAUUUCCGUAUUGAAAAAUUAUAGUUAUAAACAACUUUUCUCUGUGACAAUUAUCUUCGUUGCUGGAAUAUUUACGGGUAUUUAAAUUACUCGCUUUUAAAUAGCUGCAGUCAGUUCGUUCUGUUUUUGUUUUCUGUUUGUUACACUUUGUAAUAACCUGUAACAGGCACGUAAUACCCAAGAAAAAAUAAAGACGUCAUUUUUUAUCCACCCGUCUUUCUAAUUAUACUGAUUAUUGAACAACGAAAUAGUAUAUUAUGCAACAAGUGUGAAACAUGCAAUUUUACGCACGUAUUUCAUUCGAUAUUUUUUUGAUAUAGUAUGCGUAAAAUAAUUCGAUUUUUAGCACUGUUAUUAGUGCGUAAAAUUCAAGUUCACCCAUUUAGUCGAAUAGUGCCAUUUGACUCACUAAUAACAGCGCAUAAAAUCGAAUUUGACGCAUACGAUGUCUGAAAUACGUUAAUCGACAGGGGGAUAAAUGAAUCAAAAAAACGAAAAAAUACAACGUGAUGUUCAAAAGACCAAGUAAAGUAUCACCCUUAUUUGAGAACUUUAUUGUACGAGAUUUAUGUGUCGUUUAUAGCGUUGAACAUGAUAAUAGAAAAAGAAGAAGUGUGUUGAAUGUUACCAAAUUUGCUAUAUUGAAUAUGUAUUAAAUCCCUCGUAUUGACUGAAACCCUCUCGCGUCAACUGUAGCGAGCAAGUCGACAUGAAUGCGAGUGUAGAGAUUAUGAAAUUAUAUCAAAUUGACGAGUAUUAAGGUAUGUUAAUACUCUUCGAAAGAUGGUAUAAAAAUAUUGAAAAUAUUGACUAUUACCGUUUGGUCUGAACUUAUGUUCAAUACUGUGUAUUAGCCAGCUGGCCUACAUGUCGCGACCAGCUUAUAUAAAUAAUAUAUACGGGUAUGAUAAAAUAUGAAAUCAAGAUGGACAUAUUAAAUGUUUACUACCGAAGUGUUCCACAUUUGUACUUGCAUAUGCAUUAUGAACGUAUAUGUAUGAUGUACGUAUGAUACGAUAUACUGUUAAAUUUUAUUCCAUGUUAUACUGCUAGGAUCAUUAUACAUUAUACGGAUAUAUAGCGGAUGUAAUGUAUUAGCUUUAUUAUCAUCUUCAACUGGACCCUUAAUUGGAAUAACGAGUUGAAAAUGAAGGCUUGAAAUUCGUAGAAAAAUUGUCGCUGCAAUUGACUGCAUGUGUAAAAAUAAGAGAAUUAUUGAAGGUAUUCAUGUACCUACGGAAUAAUGUAUAUUAUAACGUCCAAUCGUAAAAUGUAUGAGAAUUUUACGUGAUUUAUGUAUUAUUCAAAUUUUAAUGUUACAUCCCAUCACUUGAGUUGAUGUUUUUCCCCAUCUUAAACCGAUUCAUUCUUACGUAAUCAACUUAACGUAAUAAUCCUACUUAUGUGUAGUUAUUUUCAAUAUCGUCAUAUGCCAGUAUUUAUCAGGAAUACAAGGAGUGUUUCAACCAAGCGAUUGACGUAUGUAUCAUUCGAAAUCAUAUCGUAUUUCCGAAAUCACUUCGCAACCUCUGAAAUCGCACUGAAAUCAGUAAUAUUAAAACAAAAUUCUGCAUUAGUAAUCGUCGAGGUAAUCAUUGGUAGUCAUGAGAAAUUAUUUAGGAUUACAACAAUUUCUUUGUAACCUCAAGAAAUCAUGUAAUCAAAGUAAAAUUUAUUUCUUAAGUAAUCUCUCGUAAUCACUGUAUAAAGUAAGUACAUAAUCACCAAAUACGUAAUCAUGGUGUCGUGUUUGCUUCGGUGAAACAUCCCUUGAAAGAAUAUAUAUGUAUAUCGUUUCAGCCUAUUUGUUAUCUUUAUCUGUGUCUCUGUAAUAUGUUUUAGCUUUCUCUAUUUUUGACGACAUCCCAAACUCUGUACUACAUCGUGUAUAAGAAGUUGGCACGCUUACAAAAAUAUUUUAGAUUAUUGUUUGCAAUGAUAAGCUGUAUAAUGAACGCAUACUUUCCUAAACAAAUUGUAAAUGAUUACGAAAAGAACAAAUCCCGAAUUCCAUUGUUUGAAUGCCAACUUCACGUAUAAAAAAAAAUCAGGGUGGAAUGCCCGGGUAAAAGUUUGAAUCAAAAGUAAUGAAGCCAAUUGUGUAAAAAAAAAAGACUCUUUAAAUUAAGUAAACGCUUACGUCCUAUUUUUAUGCACUAAACAUUGGAGACACAACCACAUGUAAUAUUUAUUUGUUUUAAUCUGAAUUUUUUUUUGUGCGUCGUUAUUAUUGCUUAAUCAUUAAUAGAUGUUGCCGCGUUGUCCAUAUAAAGCCAAUGUUUCAAAAUCAAAUUUGUACGAUAUUAGAAUAGGACUUGAAAAAGUUUUUACGUAAAUAUGCGAACUAUGCAAGAUGUAAAACUCAUCUUACGUUUAUAUUGUGGUAAAUAGUAACACUUACAUUUUCAACCGAGCUUUAGGAAUUACACUUAAUGAUUUUGUUCUCGGUCCCUUCUUAAGUAGAUCAACGUAAGAGAACCACUCGCAAAUAAUUCUAGAUUUUUUCAAUAAAUUGUUGAGCUAUGAGUUUUUGAAAUAUUGCAGUUUUUAUUUAUAUAAUUGUGUGCUUUCACAUAAAACAUAAUAUUUAUGAAUAUUUUUAAAAUACUUGAUAAUUACUGAAUAACUCGAAUUCUUUGAUUGGAUUAAUUAGUAUUAAUAUGUCUAAUACAUAUUAGAAUUAUUCAUUAAUAUUGUUGUUAUACUGUUAUUAUAAUUUAUGUUGUAUUUACUGUAUAUAAUGUAUAAUUGUGUGUAAACUGCACAUACACUGUAAGUAUAUACAGGUAUUAUGUGGCAAUCCAACAAUAUGGCAACAAUAUUCAUGCAUGAGAACUCCGUCAAGGCAAUAUCAUAAGGAUUUGGUUAAAAAACAGGUAAUUUUUUUACUUUUUUGUACGUGGGUAUUAGAAGUACAAAAUCCGAUUUUUAUACGCAAUAUAAUAUUUCAUAAACUUUCUUUUUUUUUUUAUUGAAAAAUAAUACGUACUUAAUAUUAAUACAAAAACGAUAUUCGGUCGCGGUGUGAUCGAAUGGCGUGGAUCAAAUCUCAAAAUAUAUUUGUCCGAACGACUUAAAAAUUGGACAGAUCAUUGAUGAUAACAUUAAAAUUGGGAAAAUGGUGACCUAGUGAAAAAUUUCGGCGUAAAAACGACCUUAAUCGUUGGUUAUUAGGAACAUUUUUUAAAACUAUUCGAUCACCCUAUAGAAAAUCUUAUAAUCAAGAAUCUGUAGAAAUUUUAAGUCCAUUGGGUGAACAUAUUUCGAGAUUUGAUCUAAGCCGUUGGACUACACCGUGGCCGAAAAUCUUAUCUGUAUUAAAAAUAAAUCUGUUGUCAAAUAAUAUUUUUCAAUUAAAAAUAAACUGCAACUUCAGAAAAGCUUGUACUAACUCUCUAUGAAAAUCCGACCUUGUUUUUUUAAUAUCCCAGUAAAAAAAAUUUUGAAACUCAAUAUGUUGUUUGUACCGAAUCCUUAUUAUAGUGCCUUAAUUAGCUUAGGUAAUUAUCUCAAGCAUUGAAAGCACGUUUCGUGAAUUGUCGUAUGCUUAAAUCGAUGGCGCCUAAUAAAAUUCAUUCAAUUUUAAUGAGGCUGAUUAUUAUAGAUGAUCUGACUUUGGCGUGACGAUUAGAAUCCGAGUAAUGUUGAAAUUUUUCUCACCCUUAUCUCAUUAGUGAUAGAAAGAUUUUUGUAUAAUCCAAGUAACUCUACAGACACCUAUCAUAAAACAGUCAACUCCUGUGUAUAAGCACAAAAAAUAAUUGUUUUAUCAUCGGGGUCCGUAGAGUUACGUGGAUUAUAAUCGUCACACCAAAGUUAGGCCUUUUAUAAUCAACCUCUGACGUUGAGUGAAUUUUAUUAGGGGCCAUCGGAUUAGCUAUUUUUCCUGUGAUUUUAGGUGUAUCACUUUGAAAAUACUAUUAAAAUGAUCAUCCUAGCAUGCAGAAAAUUCAAUCAAAGCUUCACACAAAUCUGUCGCACUUCACCGAACGAAAGACGCAUACGGGCAUUUCCACCUCAAAUCGGUUGAUUUUGGGUGUUUUUUGACCUUGCAUUUUUUAAAUCAAUAUAAUCUUUUUUAACGUGAAAUGUACGUAGCAAAAGGAGAUCCAUAUUUUUCGAUGGUCCAAAAAAUCUGUGUACUCUAGUUAUGAAUUAUUGCAUUUUAUUGUGAAAGUAGAGUGUGGGCCGCUGUGAGAAUUAAUAUCUCGGGUCCUAUCUACCGUAGAGAAUGUUCAAAAACACAUUUUGAAGGUAAUGAAAGACACUUUUCGAGAAAAAUUUGCAAAUUCUGACGAAAUGUAGUUUUGUUGUGUUUAAGAAUAAUUAAAAUGUUGAAUUUUU